AUGUCAACUUUCCGUUUAAAUUUUAUAAUUUACACUAAUUCCUAUCCAAAUCCAAUUCUCCUUGAUUCUGUACAUGUUGAACAAUUAAUAAUUUUUAUAUGGAUAAAUCAAUAUUAUCUUACUGGUAAAAACACUUGGAAGAUGGGAACGUCUUCUAGUAAAGAGUUGCAACAACAAGAGAGUAGUAAUGCAACCACCGGUACAGUUAGUAGUGGCACUCUAAGUGAUGUAGGAGGUGGUGGUAGUAGCAGUGUGGUGACGGGAUCACCGCCUUCCACCGUUUCGGUGAUUGGACAUCGUCGACAAGGCAGCUUUGCAAAGCAGGAGAAACAACAAAAAACCAGUAAAAAGAAGAAUCAGCGACAACUAUCGUCAAACUCUACUUCCACUUCAACCUGUUCGUCAAACAGCAACAGCAGACGUCCAUCUUCCUCCUUUGAUAAAUCACAAUCUCAUUCAUCGUCAUCAAUCGAUACAAAUUUGGGAGAAUCAAAUACAAAUGAUUUCAUCGACAACAACAAUAACAAUAAUAUUUAUGAAUAUAAUCAAAAUAAUAAUAGUAUUACAAAUAGCAAUAGUAAUAGUCAAUCACAAUUGAUGCAAUUACAAAGCAUGAAUGAUCGAUCAUCAACUCUAUCCAAUCAAGAAUAUACAAACAGUACAUCAACUAGCUUGAUUAACACUCCCAAUGAAUGUCAGACACCAAGAACACCAAAUUCACUGGUAGCUGGCAAAGACAAUCAUCACAUCAACAGCAACAGCAACAGCAACAAUAACAACAAUAAUGAUAAUCUUAGUAGUAGUAUUUCGUCAACUUCAAAUUCACUAUCUUCGAUGAUACUUCACAAUGAUUCAUCUUCGUCGUUACGCGACCACCAGAUCAUCAUUUGUGAGCACUGCCAUCAGAUCUCUACAAGUCGGCCAUCCUCUGCCUUUAGACCAAGUAGUGCCAUGAGUAAUUCAAUCGAUUUCAAUAUCAAUAACAUUAGCAGUAGCAUCAACAACAACAACAACAAUAAUAAUAUUAAUAUUAAUAGAAGUAGAACAAAUAGUACCAAUAGACAUAAUCUGAGUAAUAGUAGCUAUAAUCCUCCAACAACAACAUCAGCCGCCAGUAAUAUUAUCAACAGCAACAACAAUAUUAAUAACAAUAGCAACAACAGUCAUUUCAGUUUUAAUAACAGUGUAAAUUCAACGGCAACCUUUGGCUACGACAGUGACGAUGGUCUGAGAAAUAUCAAUCAACUCACCAUCAGCAACAACAGUAUCAAUCACUUUAGUUUCGCAGACGAUGACAACAACAACACUAGAAUAUCCUCGUCUUCAGCUUCGUCAUCUUCACAACAUCACCAACAACAACAUCAACAACAACAGCCACAGUCUAACAGUAACAACAACAACAACAAUCAACUAAAGAGUAUUAUAACCUCCAAUCCUCCAAGUUUAAAUAAUAGUUUUAGUAAUUUCAAUAACCUACCAAUGCCAAAUACCAACAAUAUACCACUUUCCAUUUCAUCGCCAUCCAUUAUCACUCCGACCACCAACAGAUUAUCUAAUGGUCUGCAACUCACACCUUUCCCACCAUCUACUUUCAAUAACAACAAUAGCAACAAUCAGGACAAUCUAUCGACUACAUCGAUUUUACAUUCCUCUAUAGGCAGCACGUCAGAACUCUUUAACAAGUCGCUAAUUAGUUCUUUCUUGAACUCCAACAACCAGCAGCAACAACAACUGCAGCUGCAGCAACUACAACAACAACAGGCAGUCAGCCAUCAACAACACAUAACAACACAACAACAACUACAACAACAACAAUCUUCUUCUUCUUCGCAACCAAUGUAUAAUUCAUCCAUAUCGCCACCAACCACACCACGUCACUAUGCACCCAGAGAUCUUUCCUAUGAUACCAAAGAUAUAUUUACGAUAACAGUCUCGAACAGCGAGCAAAACAGUAUGAUAUCUGACAAUAGCAUCGGUAGUAUUGGAAGUGGAUUCCAACGUCUAACUGUAUCGUCAUCGUCGCAUCGUAGUGGAGGCAUCAAGCUGAAUGAUCACAACAUGCACAACAACACAAGUAGUGGAAGCAACGACAGUCUCUUCUUUGGCGCCCAAAAGAAAGAAGCGGUCUCUGACUACACCAAAGAUAUCACUUUUCUGCACUCUGAGCAUGACUCUGUCAAGGAAAAGUCGAAUCUUUCGACAACUUCAUCAUCAUCGUCUUCGAACAACAAUAACAACGGCAACAGCCACAACCACAACAGAAAUCAUCUCUCUGUUUCACAACAGCGUCCAAGAGGUAGAUCUAUUUCUGAUUCACUUUUUAUGUCUUCAAAUAGUGCUAAAGAUUGUAUAAAUGAUAUUCAAAAAGCUUUAGAAAAUGAAAAGAUAAAGAAAAAUCGAUUUAAUGAACUAAAGGAAAUCUUAAACGAUAGAAAUGAUAUAAUAGAGAUCAAUGAUAUACAGUUUGUUCAAAAAGUUGGUGAAGGAGCAUUUAGUGAGGUUUGGGAAGGAUGGUGGAAAGGUAUACAUGUAGCAAUAUUUAGAGAUGAAAGAACCGAUUGGUACUUAGGUGGAGAUACAUGUGCUACCAUUUAUGCUGGUGGUCCAACACCUUCGAAAUUGACAUGUUCUGUCGACGGUUCAAUAAUGCAUAUAACUGAAAUAAUCAUGAUUCUUGAUACUACAAGAAAUAAUGGCAAUACUACUGAGACUGAUAAUUUAUAUUUCCCUUAUUUAACAGAGUUAUAUAUUGGUCCAGCUAAUCCACCUUCCAAUAUUAACAACAAUUAUAAUAUACUUGAUUUAUUAGACAAUCAAAACAACAAGAAACUAUCUUCUCUAAGACUUCUAUAUGAUUUUCAUAUUCCAAACUCUCAGAUGAAAUUCUUAAAUACAUCAAAUCAAAUUGAUAUUCAAUUCAGAAAAAAUCCAUGUGUUCUACAGAUUGCACCAAUUAUUUAUCCAAAAUUACAACACAUCGAAACCAAUUGCCAAUUUGUUAAUAAUGAAACUUCAAAUGUUUUUGAUUUCAAUGAGAUUCAGUUUCCAUCUUUAACCAGUUUGUUGAUGUAUGAUGGUGAAUCAGAUAGAGUUGUAAAAUAUAGUGCUAGUCCUGUACAAGGAAUAGUAUCAAUGGAUGGUGGACCAAAAAGAAAUAGGUUACUUGAUUUAGAUAGAGCUGUAAUACUGAGAUUUUUUCAUAGUACUAAUAAUAUGUAUAGAACUCUUACAAAUAUAGAUAAAUAUACUAGAAAUUUGAAGAAAUUUGCAAGGCUUGGAUUUGUAGUUUUUGAUAAUUCAGUACUUCCAACUGAUGUGAUUCCACUUGAAACUUUGACUAUUUCUAAUAAUCCUUAUGUGUCAACUUUUCCUCCUGAGGAGUGGCUUAUUUCAAAUAGAGACGAUCCGUAUAUGAAGAUAUCUUUGGAUGUGAGAAACACAAGUGUAUCUGGUCAAAUUCCAGAGUACUCAAGUAUAUCUUUCUUUAAAAUCGAUAUGAUGUAUAAUCCUUUGAUUACAGGUAGAAUCCCAGAUUCAUUUUGUACUGCUCAACAACUAUAUUUAAGAAAUACAUCACUCACCACUCUCCCAGAUUGCCUACUUUGUUUGAAUGGUUCAUAUCCAAAUUUUGUACAACUUCCAACUUCUAUUAUACCCCAAAAAGGAUUUAUCUGUGAACCAAAUUUAGAAAAGAAAUUCUUUGUUUUGGAUAUUUCUAGUAAAAUAAUUCCAUUAUCUGGAAAAAUGUUGGGAUAUCUUGAUUCUGGUGAUUUUUCACCUAGCCAACUUCAAAUUGUUCGUGCCAAUACACUUUUUACAUAUCAAACCUCAACACCUUCAGGUAGUCAAACUAUUGUAUUUUCAUCCAAAAGAAAAAUUUCAUUCGAUAUUGAAUGGGUAACUGAUACAACGAUUCUAUCAUAUAUAAAUCAUGUUUAUAGUUUAGACUCUAUAACAUUCUAUAUUGAGGGUACUUUUAAUGUUUCAGGAAAAAACCUUAUAACCAUUAAUAAUGAUUUUACUUUUAAUGCCUCUUUUGGUAAUUCAAGUUUCAUUCAAUGUACAAUGCCAUUACCAACACCCUUAAGCACAAAUAAAGAUUUUGUAGUCACUUUGCAAUCUAAUUACCUUACUUUUGAAAAAAUAGUAAAUGUAAAGGCUUAUCCUUUGGUUUCAUCCUAUAGUCAAUUAAAUUCAACUGGUGGAUCUUUGAAAGUAACUGGAUAUUUUGGUUCCUUAGGAGUUGGAACGAUAUUGAUAGGAGGAAAGGAGUGUUUAGGAACUCCAAAGAAUUCAUCCUAUUGGCAGUGUGAUAUCGAACCAAUCAAGAGUGGUCUGUUGGAUGUAAAGAUCAAAAUGAAGAACUUUGAUUUCGAUAUGCCACAAAUUUUUGUUGAAUCACUUGAUAAGCCAAUUGAUUGUGGUCCCAAUGAUAGAUGUAAUGGAAAUGGUCAAUGUAUCAAUACUAAAUGUGUUUGUUCUACUGGUUUCUAUGGUUCAUAUUGCGAAUCAAGAUUAUAUGAAGGAGGUCAAAUUAAUUUUAAUCAUACAACACCAGUUACAUCAAUUGUUGCAAAUGGUUAUGAUUUCAAUUUCAAUAUGGUUGGAGUUCAAGAGUUAGAUCCAAGUGGAGCAAUCAUUAAAGAGUUGAUAACAACAAAAUGGAACUCAACAACCUAUAAUUUAGAUGAAGUAACCUAUUUAAAUUAUACGAUUCAAACUGAAAGUAAAGUAAAUAUUUUGGCAUUGAUUCAACAUUCAAACAAAUCAAGAGAUUUGACAUUUGCCAACCAACAAUUUACAAUUCCACCAAAUGGACUUAAACUCUCAGUUGAUAUCAAUGGAUGGGUGUAUUCAUCAAACUUAAACACUUUGAGAGUGGUUUUCAACACAAAAAUAGAAGAGGAAGACAAUUAUGGUUGUGAUUCAAAGUCACCAAUUGCCACUGGAACUCUUGAUGAUUCCGUUAAAUAUUUCAAGAUCAUCAAGAAUGGAUUGGCAUUUUAUGGAAAGUUCUUACCAUUCUCACUCUCUGAUGGAAGAUCGACCUAUUCAAGAAAUGAAGUUAUCAACAGCACUCAAGACGGUGUCACCUACAUUGGAAUCCAUUUACCACAAUGUCAGACCUGUAGUAUAGAUCCUGAUUUUUCUUUGCUUAUCCAAGGAGAUAGAGAGGAUUGUGCGAAAUCUGGUUUAAAACAAUGGGCAAUCAUUACUAUUGCUGUGCUGGUUUUUAUAUUCGAAAAAAAAGAAGAAACAUCAAAUUAUUGGUCAAUGUGGCAAUGCAAAAACUCGGAAAAGGAGAAAAAGGUUAACCUUUUUAAUUCUUGA